AUGAGAUUUAAAUCAAAAAAGCAAGUAGACCCCAACGCGUCAGUUGUACCAAAUGACGUUCUUGGAACAAAGUACGCAAAAAAUUUAGAUAUUAAAACAUCAAAUCAAGAUAUGUUUAUGUUAUAUCAUUUAUCAUUAGCUAUAACAAAAGAAUUAGAACAUUUUUACGGUGGGAAUAAUAUUGAAUCAUUAUCAAUAAAUCAAAAUUUUUUAUCUAGUUUUAAAUCUAUAAAAGUUGAAUCUGCAAGAAUUGGAAACGAUAAUUUUAUCAGAAAUGAACAAAAUGAUUUGGAUUUAUCAGUAAGUAUUAGUUUUAAUAUUACAACAAAAAAACAAGAUGCGAAUCAAAGUGUUGUUGAUGAAAGUUUACAAGAUACCAAUAUAAGAUCUGAAAUUGUUAGUUCAACUUUAAGUCUGGAAUUUGAAAAUGAUGAACUGGUAUUCCAAGAAAUUUUGCAACCUAUUCAAGAAGAACCUAUAAAACAAAGUUCAAAAAGAUCAAAAUCCAAAACUACUAAAGAAGUUCCUGAACCUAAAAAAUCAAUAUGGAGUAAGCUCAAAAAAGAAAAGACUAAAAAAGUUCAAGUAGUUGAACCAAAAGAAGAACUAAAAGAAGAACUAAAAGAAGAACUAAAAGAAGAACCUAAGAGAGAAUUUACUUAUUUCAAUCCACAACCAAAUAUUUUACAGCAAUAUCUUAAAUUUCAUGAUCAUUUAGAUGAAGAAGAUUACCAUUGCUACGUAAAUGAGUUUCAGAAAUUACCAUUAAAAGGAUACCCAACUCAAAAUAUCGAUACAAAUAAUUUGGUAAAUAACACUAAAUCAAUUUCUACUACAGAUACAUCUUUUAAUUUCCCAGAUCCAACAGCAGAUGUAUCUCAACAAUAUCAAAAUCAAUUUAAUUCUCCAGAUUCUUCAAUUUUACAACCAAUUAAUGAAAACAUCCAAAAAUCAGUUAAAAAAACUAGAAAUCACUAUGUUGCAAAAACCUCAAAAAGACAUGAGAAACAAAAAUUAAAAUCAAAUCCUCAAUUAUCGAAAGUUUUGGAAACUUCACCAUUUUAUGAAAAUAUGGAUACUACAAUUGAUUCAGAUGAUUCUGAUGAAGAAGAGUACGAAGUUAGAUAUAAAGAAAAUCAACAUGGUCAUCAUGGUAAAACUGUCAAAAAUUUCACUAAAAAGUCACAUAAAAGAAAAAAUCAAAAUUAUAAUCCAUAUGGUCUUGUUGAAGGAUCAAAAUUUUAA